CACCAUUGCAUCCUCAGAGACUCGAAGACCUUCACCAAGAAUUCAACAUCCUGAAAGCAUAAACCCUAGAUAUAGCUAUCUUGCUCUAGUCUAGCCCAUCCUUUGCUUGAUCCAUCGAUUGAUUGAUUCUACUAGUCACGCAUCAUGGAGGAGCUAGGCCAAGAAAUUAGCAAGGGCGGAAGAAGACCGCCGACCGGCGAGGACGAAGAAGACAAGCAGCGCCUGGAUGAUGAGGACGACGAUGACGACGAGGGGAGGAGGCAACCUUACAAGUGCGGCUUCUGCAGGAGGGGGUUCCCGACGGCGCAGGCGCUCGGCGGCCACAUGAACGUGCACCGCCGCAAGGAGUACCGCCCGGGCCCAAGACCAGGCUCAGGCGGCGUCAUCUGCAGCUACGGCGAGCCGCCGCCGGCCGUGGCGACGACGCUCGCGGCAGGCCAGCAGCCGGCUUGUGGUCCGGCGGCGAGCGGCGGGAGCUCGAUGUUGUUCCAUGGCGUCGAACGGGCGCCGCGGGCGCUGCGGCUGUUCGGGCGUGAGAUCGUGGACAGCGGCGCUUCUGGAGAAGCCCGAGAUAACCGGCAAGGUCAGUAUUACGACGGCAGGAAUGGGGAUGAUGAUGAUCAUGGCGGGCAAGGGGACGAGGAGGGAGAGUUGGAUUUGGAGCUCAGACUUGGUGCUGCGGGUCAGUACUGACUACUAAAUGAAUGAAUAAUCUUUUGGUAUAAUUUGUGAGAUCCAUUUGCUUCCAUGAUGUGAUCUGGGAUCCGUUAUGUGUAUAUAAUCUUGAUCUGUUAGGUUGGAAUUACAAUGACGAAGGAAGUUUUUUUUAUACACAGAU